AUGCGACCUCGCUCGGGUGCUUCGCCCAUUAUCGUCUAUUCUCGCCUGUUCAAGUGGAUCCCGGGUGGCAGUGCGGCUGUCGCGUCCUCCCGUCAAGCUGGGAAUCCAAUCUGGGAAAUGGCGCGCUCAUUUCAUCCCAUCAUGCGAAGGGGGCUGCUUGCCUUACGCCUCACAGAUACCUUAAUCCGACACAUCUAAUGCGACUGUAUAAUAGACGGAGGGGCGGCUUAGUAGUUGGCUCCUUUCUUGGCCACUCGCUGUCUUGCUUUCCAACGGCGCGCAACUUUAAUUGCUUAAUGCUGAGUUCUUGUUUUGAGUCGACACGCCCAAAUCCACCAUGAGGUCCUUGACAAUCCCCACUGCCUUGGUGGCUGUCCUCCAUGCCGCAGCAACAACUGCGCUGGUCCCGGUCUAUCCGCCGCGAGACGCGGCCAGCGACUGCUACUGCUUACCCGGCGACUCGUGCUGGCCAUCGGCUUCGAUUUGGGACGGUCUCAACACCACCGUCAGCGGAAGACUCGUGGCCACCGUCCCGGUAGGCUCGCCCUGCCACGACCCGACGUAUGACGCAGAGGCUUGUGCGGCCCUCCAAGCGGAUUGGACUUCACCUGAGACGCACAUCCCGUCCUCGUCCUCGGUGAUGCAAGCUUUCUUCGCCAACCAGAGCUGUGAUCCCUUUACCGACCGGUCAACUCCUUGCUUGCUGGGCAACUAUGUCAGUUAUGCUGUCAACGUGACGAGUAACGAGGAUGUGAUUGCGGCUCUUGCCUUUGCCCAGACGAACAACAUUCGGGUUCUCGUCCGUAACACGGGUCACGACUUCCUCGGUCGUUCUACUGGUGCAGGAGCCCUGGCCAUCUGGACUCACCAUCUAAAGAGUGUCGAGUUCCUUGACUAUUCUGAUAGCUACUAUUCCGGCUCAGCCGUCAAAGUCGGCGCCGGCGUGGAGGGCUACGAGGCCCUUGAGGCGGCCGCUGCCGAGGGUGUUGUCAUUGUCACCGGUGAAUGCCCUACCGUCGGCAUGGCUGGUGGCUACACCCAAGGUGGUGGCCACUCCGCCCUCACCACGACCUUUGGCAUGGCAGCCGAUCAGACUCUUGAGUUUGAGGUAGUUACUGCUGCAGGGGACGUAGUCACGGCUUCCAGAACCGAGAACAGUGACCUGUACUGGGCUCUCAGUGGUGGCGGUGGUGGCACGUACGGAGUCGUCACCUCAAUGACGGUCCGGACGCACCCCGAUGCGACCGUCGGCGGAGCAUCCCUCCAGCUCGCGGCCGUCUACACGACGCAGGAUAACUUCUUUGAGGCCGUUGCACAGUUCCACGCCCUGCUCCCGGCCAUGAUCGACCAGGGCGCCAUGGUGGUCUACUACGUCAGCAGCGCCGUCCUAGUCGUCAACCCCAUCACCAUCUACAACAGCACCGGAGACCACAUCAAGGACACCGUCCUGGCACCCUUCCUCGCCGUCCUCGGCAACUUGUCCAUCCCAUACUCGGCCAGCUACACCUCGCUCCCCUACCGCGACCACUACGACACGUACAUGGGCCCUCUUCCUUACGGCCACGUCGCGGUGGAGGAAUACCAAUUCGGCAGCCGCCUGAUCCCCCGUGACGUCCUCGAGAACAACAACGACGCGUUCCAAGCCGUCCUGCGCAACCUGACGGAGAACGGCGUGCUUGCCGUCGGCGACGGCCUCAACGCAUCGGCCAAGUUCGACGUGUCCAACGCCGUGAACCCGGCGUGGCGCGAUGCGGGCGUGCACAUGCAGCUCACUACCGCCUGGGACUCCACGGCGCCCUGGGAGGACAUGGUUGCCGCGCAGGUGCAGAUGACCAAUGAGUUCGUGCCGCAGAUCGAGGCCGUUACGCCCGGCAGCGGCGCGUACUUUAACGAGGCGGACUUCAACCAGCCUAAUUGGCAGGAGACCUUCUUCGGCGACAACUAUGACAAGCUGUUGACGAUUAAGCAAACGUGGGAUCCCAACGGCGUGUUUUAUGCGUUGAAGGGGGUGGGUAGUGAUGCUUGGACGGUGGCUGCUGAUGGGAGAAUGUGCCGCGCUUGAGGCAUAAAAUGGGAUAGAGCAUAAACACUAAUACUACAUAUAAUAUAAUUGAUACCCGAGACCCCAGCUCGCUAUGG